AUCAAAAAUAAGCAGCUCAGUUCCCGACAGUACUGCUUUUUAGAUGUUUCCAUGCUAAAAUUAUGAAGCAAAAUAUUUUUCACCUACUCAAAGAUUUUGAAUGCAUGGUUUUGCGCAAAAUCUGAAGAUAGAAAACAAAAAAUAGUGGACCACCUUGAACUCCAUUACAGCUCUAUACCUUGUCGACAAAUGUGGCGUUUAUUUCCUCGUGCCCCGCCGCGUGAGAGACUUUUACUAGUUUUUUAACUUAUUUGAUUUAUUGGAGGUUUUCCAGAAUUAGUUCGCCUGAUCUGGUGCCACACAGCAGCCCACAAUGGCCAAGUUUGUGCCGCCCAGAGUUCAGAUUAACGAGACGGGCUGGGGCCCAGCCGGCACGGUGGACAAGUUCUCUGAUAUGCCGUACCAGCCGUUCUCGAAGGGCGAUCGGAUCGGUAAGGUGGCGGAGCUGUCAGCGCGCGAGGGCGCCUUCCAGGACCGCCGCUACGGCAACAAGUACAACUCGCAGUUCGGCGGCGGCAGCCAGUACGCCUACAUGCACGAGGAGGACGAGGACAGCUUCAAGCUGGUGGUGCAGCCCAAGGUGCCGAAGCCCAUGUUCCGCGGCCGCUACCAGCGCAACUUCCGCCAGCGGCAGAUGCAGAACCAGCAGCGCGGCAAUCAGGCUGACACGCGCGUCAUGACCAAGGGCGAGAAGACGCGCGACGCCAACCGGCAGCGCCAGGUGCGCCGGCUGCAGAAACAGUUCGGCAACCGGCAGCGCUUCGACUACAACCGCUUCCAGAUGAAGAACCGCGACGCGUCGGUGACGGUGCGGCCCGACUGGGUGGUCAUCGAGGAGAUGGACUUCCCGCGGCUGCAGAAGCUGGCGCUGCCCAGCGUCGGCGAGCCCAAGGACCUGCUCAAGUGCGGCGCCGUCAAGUACUACAACAAGGCCGUCGAUCGCAUCAACGUGAAGAAGCCGGAGCGGCUGGAGCGCAUCGACCGCAUCCACCACAAGGUCACCACCACCGACGACCCGGAGAUCCGCAAACUGGCCAAGUCGGGCGGCAACGUGUUCGCCACCGACGAGAUUCUGGCCACGCUCAUGUGCUGCACGCGCAGCAACUACUCCUGGGACAUCGUCGUCCAGAAGAUCGGCAACCUCAUCUUCUUCGACAAGCGCGACGAGAGCGAGUUUGACCUGGUGACGGUGUCGGAGACGGCGCGCGACCCGCCCAGCGACGAGGGCCCGUCCAUCAACUCGCCGCGCAACCUGGCCAUGGAGGCCACCUUCAUCAAUCACAACUUCCCCGAACAGGUGCUGCUGAACGACUACAAGCGCUACGAGUUCGAGAACCCGAACCCGUUCAUCGAGGAGGACGACGACCCGGAGUCUGUGGCCUCCGUGGCCUACCGGUACCGGCAGUUCUCUCUGGGCGACGACGUGCAGCUGGUGGUGCGCACCGAGCACGACGCCGCCGUACUCGGCACCGACCAGUUCAUGACCAUCCGCGCGCUCAACGAGUGGGACCCCAAGCACGCCAACAACGUCGACUGGCGCCAGAAGCUGGACACGCAGCGCGCCGCCGUGCUCGCCAACGAGCUGAAAAACAACAACUGCAAGAUGGCCAAGUGGACCGUGCAGGCGCUGCUCGCCGGAUCAGACAUCAUCAAGUUCGGCUUCGUGUCGCGCGUGGCGCCCCGGGACUCGAGCAAGCACGUGAUCCUCAACGUGAUGCAGUUCAAGCCGAGCGAGUUCGCAUCGCAAAUCAACCUGUCGAUGGACAACGCGUGGGGCAUCCUGCGCUGCAUCGUGGACAUCAUCCGCGGCCGCGACGCCGGCAAGUACCUCAUCAUGAAGGACCCCAACAAGCAGAUGAUCAUCCUGUACGACAUUCCCGACGACACGUUCGAGACGGAUGACGACGAGGAUGACAGUGACGAGGGCGGCGACGAGGACGAAGAUUAGUCGCGCCGCCCGCGGACACGUGCUGCUGCAGCGGCGGCGGGGGUGAGACGCGCGCGCCUGGUUUUGGCUAUCCUGUGGGCGGUGUUCGGGCGCGGGACUCCCGUGUCGACUGAGCACGCGCUGUGGCGAUGGGGUGCGGCGGUUCGGCCGCUGUCUUUUAUCGACGCAGUAGCUGGUUGCGUAUUGUUUUGUCACGUCGAACUGCUAAUACAUACCUAUAUAUGGACUGGA